UGUUUCUUCGCAGGGAGGCGGGAACACGUGUGGGUACCUGCUGCCACUAGUAGUGGUGGUGAGGAUGCUUGUUUUGAUGAUGUUGAGGAUGCUCCUCUGAGGCUCAUCAGUCUAGGAUAGACAGCAUCACAGAGGAAGCCUAAUGUAGUGCAUGCAGUAAUCUCAGCCACCAGCAAUUAGGUCUGCGGCUUCCCAGGGGAGCUGAAGCUUCGUCCGCAGCUGAAGGUUAAACACAAAAGGAGACACAUUCCUGCACCAGCAGCAGCAGCAGCACCACCAGCAGCAGCAAUAGCAGAAGGGUGAAAAGGAGAGGACAAGCUAGCAGCCCGGAUCGGAUAGCCAGCACACAAGCAAGAGGAUCGGGAGCAGAGCUGAGCUAAAAGAGAGAGCGAGAGCAUUGAGGCCGCUGAUAUACGUUCCUGGGAUAGCAGCAGGGGGCCUGAUAUGAUCCCCCAUGUGGAGAAGACAACGAGGGGGCUACAGAUUUAUCGAUGACCUGGGGCUUGUGUUUGUCCCUCUGCCAGAACUAACAGCCACUGUUGACAUUACUGCCAGGAGAAGCCAGGAGAAUGCCUUCAUGUGAGGAAACGGGCAGUGGGCUGCCGCUUUAACCCCCGAAAGCCACUGAGUCCUCCGAGGCUGAAGAGGCUGAAGAGGCUGAAGAGGAAGGAGAGGAAGUGGAGCUGGCUGCCUGGUGGAACACAUGUCUGACAGCGCUGACGCGUAGCCUGCCUCGCUCUUAAUGCCGGGACUUUGUGAUUUCAAGACAGCACCAGAGGGAGAGCUCUUCAACAUGAAUACAGACAGUGGAGGACGAGCUCGCAAAAGCAGCACGCUCUCACUCACCCUAACCCCAAUGAAGAGAGUGCAGAGUUCCCCAAACCUGUACGGGUUGCCAGGCACCGACACGCCGUCCGCAGAUUCAGAUGUGUGGCGGCCCUACAGCCCUGGGGGUGCUCUUAGAAACGGGGAGUCGGCCACUUCUUCUUUAGCAGCCAAAGGAUUUAGGAGCGUCAGACCAAACCUGCAGGAAAAGAAAUCUCCCACACCGAGAGAUAACUCCCCUCUCCACUUUGCUGACAGCAGUUCAGGAGCAUAUAGCUUCCCUAAUUCUCUUACACAAACCCGACACAGCCCACCGCACACCACACACGAGCUGUCCUACAGGGAAACCUCAUAUCCCAGCUCAAUGCAUAUCACAUGGCCCCGAAGCUCCAGAGCAAACACAUCUUCUGCCUCCAAUCCCACUGACUAUAACCAUCCUCCCAGACAUAGCAGCUCCCCCACUGAAUCUGCAUCUGAGCUGCCAGUGCUGGAGGAGCCUAGCAUCCAUCCAUGGCCCUUAGAGCCCCAGCCACACUGUACUCCAAUUAGCCAUACGAAGAGACACAUAGCCUCCCUGUCGAUACGCAUUAAUCCUCACCCUCAGACACAAGCCAGAUACAUCCAGGCUGUAUCUCUCAGGCCCCCGACUCCACCUAAAAGGAUGGACCCUCCGGAUCCCAGAACGUUCUCUCGCCCUCCACUGCCCCCUGCAGCCCAACAAGUGCGCGAAGCUCCACUGGCCUACCCAGGACCACCACCGGCCUCACACUCCCCCCCUUACAGGUCGUGCUUCUCCCUCGACUACACCUGCUCUAGGGGCUCUGACCUCCAGCCCCAGGCCUUUUCCCCUGAGCCUCCCUCCCUGAGCCUGGAGCCACUGCAGGGGGCAAGCCGUUGCUCCUCCCGGGCUCAGAGUGAAGCUUCCACAGCCUUGCUGGAGGAGCUGAGGGCAUGCAGACUAGACCAAGAGCGAGGUUCUGAGACCCCCUCACCCACCCUCAGCCAGCCGAGCACAGUCACUGAUGACAUGGCGCUAAAUGCCCCUGCAGCUAGCACCGCUAAUGGACAGAUGACUGUGAAUGGGAACAUAGGUGUGGCUUCAAGCCUAAAGAGUCAUCAUCAAAGACCCUUCUCCCCUUCCACGUACCCCCCUCUUCCUUCUCUCAGCCCAAGCCUUGCAGCGAUGCAGCAGAGCCGGAGCACUGCUUCCGAGUCCAGCACUCCGAUCUAUGUCAAUGUAAGUUCUGUGGCUCCUACCCGUGCUUCUGAAGAAGAAAGGAGAGGUACAUUGAGCAGGGACACCCAUUACUCUGGCAUUGGACCUGUGGAUGAGUCUGGAAUCCCUAUUGCGAUCCGUACGACUGUGGACAGGCCAAAGGACUGGUACAAGAAUAUGUUCAAGCAGAUUCAUGUGGUGCAUAAGCCAGAAGUUGACUAUUCUGGUGCCCGUAAUACCACUCAUCCUCCUUCAAAUGCUGAGAAACGUGGCCCAUCCAACAGUGUCCAUGCUCAUCCUGCACCUAAGAGCAGCACAUACAGACCCAUCACCAAGAGCAUCUCUGACAAUGGCACAUGUGGCUUCAGAGCACCCACCUCCUCACCCCUGCCCACCUCGUUAUCAGCUCAGCCAAGAUCACAUGACCGCGACACCAGCCAAGGAGUCAGCAGCACACAGAAUAUGAAUGAAUGGGGUCCUCCGGAUAGAAAAGUGGACACUCGUAAAUACAGGGCAGAGCCAAGAAGUAUCUUUGACUAUGAGCCAGGAAAGUCCUCCAUUCUGGAACAGGAAAGAGCGAAGAGUAACUUGAACCCAGAUGAGCUAGAUUUAGAGAAUGAGCCCUGGUAUAAGUUCUUUGCUGAGCUGGAGUUUGGACGGCCGCCUCCCAAAAAACACCUGGAUUACAAUCCAGAGAGCAGCCUCCGCUUCCACCAUGAGACCUCCCUUUAUCAGCCGUCUACAGACAGAAGCCUCGAACGGCCCUCGAGUUCUGCAAGUGAUAACAGGAAGCGACGGAAGUCAGAACCUGCGACUUCCCAGCCCAGACCUCAGAGCAGUCAGCCCACCACCCAAAGUAUUGUGAGACCAGUUGAAACUCCUGCCACUCGCCUGUCAGAGCCACCCAGGAGCAACAUCAGACAGAAGAAGCCUCUCUCCACCACCCCCUCCACUUCCUCCUCCCCGUCCAAGUCAAAAGGUGGGGAUAUUAUUAGCACAAUGCACUCAGCACAUAUGAACGGUCAAAUUCUGAACCAUGAUACCUCACACAACUCACAAGUAGCCACAUAUGAAAACGGUGACCAAAAUGAAGACACGGUCAUCAAAUCUUUCUCAGAAAACCUAAAAAACGGUUGGCGUACAGAACCAGAGUGUUCAGAGGUGUGGCUCAGCACAGAGGAGGCUUCUCCUAAGCUGAAAUCUAGGAGCUGUGAUGACCUCUUGUCUGAGAGCCAAGAGAAAGGGAUGGGAGACAGGAAUCGCUCAGAGAGCACUGGAACCCUGAUGCAAAAUGGAGACCCAGAAGGAUCUCUGCACAGCAAAGGGCAGGGUUCCGAGGAUCCCAGAGAACAUCGCAGUAGGCAUCGCUCUGCCCAUGAUACGCCAGGCUUUCUUAAACUCUACAAGAAGAUGCACCAUAUCAACCGGCAAGAGUUGAUAAAUUCAGAGAUAAUCUGCUCUGUCAAAGCUAGGGUCCAUAAAUAUGAAAGUGACCAGCAUAAGGACAGAUGCUUGGGCACCAAUGGCUGCAACGGUGAGGUGCCACGAGACAUGGUGCACAACAGGAUCUCGGAAUUCGAGAGCAUGAUCCAGAAAUCCAAAUCCAUGCCAAACCUGGGAAGUGAGUGCCAGUCCAGAGGACCUUCCAGGAGGAGCAGCAGCCCAAAUCGAAGCUACUCCAUCGAAUCCCUACUGGAUGAUGAGCCCCCAGCCAGGAACCCUCCAGAGGGUCGGCCUCAGUACCCCAAGAUUCGCGCUCAAGUGCCAAUCCACAUCCAAGUGACCAGCGACCACCUGCGACAGCCUGUUGUUCAGCAGGAUUACUCAGACAGCGACCACGAAGCUGUUGUGUCUGAUCUAAGUGACUUUAUUCAGAUCGAGGGCUCUUCCUACUGUAGCGAGAGCGACUUCGACCACUGCUCCUAUGCUUCUUCUGAGAGCUUCUGCGGUGGAUCGAGCCACCAUCACCAUUACCAGAGGCAACUGGUCAGCUCCUGCAAAGGCAGAUGCCCGGCCUCCUACACUCGCUUCACUACCAUGAUCAAGCAUGAGAGAGCCAAGCAAGACCGAAGACAGCAGUUGCGUGUAGAGGAGUCCGAGAUGGGCCUCAGCAAGCUGGCCUUCCUGGUCAGUCCGGUGCCUUUCCGCCGGAAGAGGAACUCUUCCCUGAGGCACGGCUGCAUCCCGAAAUCGAAGAGCUGCAUGUAUGAAGCUUUGGAUUCAGCCCUGAAGGACAUCUAUGACCACAUCCGUGCCGAGAAGCGUAGAGGCAGCCUUCCAGACAACAGCAUCCUCCACAGGCUGCUGGCAGAGUUGCUUCCAGAUGUCUCUGACGGGAAUGCUUCUCUGCAAGCUCAGGAAUGGGCCAACCCUUUGCCCCACCUUCGUUCAUGCCACCCUCAGCCUGAUGGCAUGUGCAGCCAGGACUGCUAUCAGCCAGAAUACUCCAGCCUGGCCUACAGUGCCUCCUACCACCACAUGGACUGCAACAACAACAACCAGGGGAACCAUGAGGAACACUGCUGUGAAGGUCAGGACACGUCCCGAGGUUAUACAUAUCCUGAGCUGGGCCGACACACUCCACAGAGCAGGAGGCCUACACCUGACAUCAGAGAGAAAGUGCCAGCCAGGGCGAUAUAUGACUUCAAGGCACUCACGGCCAAGGAACUGUCCUUUAAGAAAGGAGAGACUGUGUACAUCACACGACAGAUCGAUAAUAACUGGUAUGAAGGAGAGCAGCAUGGCAAAGUGGGCAUCUUCCCCAUCAGUUAUGUGGAGAAAAUCCCUGUGUCUGAGAGAAAUCAGCCGGUGAGGCCUCCUCCUCCAGCACAGAGCAGAGAGAUUGGGGAAGCUGUGGCUCGCUAUAACUUCAACGCUGACACCAAUGUAGAGCUGUCACUAAGAAAGGGAGAGCGUGUGAUACUGCUGAGACAGGUGGAUCAGAACUGGUUUGAGGGCAGGAUCCCAGAGACAAAUAAACAGGGCAUCUUUCCCGUCUCCUAUGUGGACGUGAUCAAGAAAUCUCCAGGAAAAAGUUCUGGCCAGCCUCCAGGAGGCUCUCUUCCACGCAGCUUCUCCAGCGACCGAGUGCAGAGCAGGCCAUCUCCUUCACGACCCACACCCAGCUCCUCCUCCUCCUCAUCUUCCAUUCCCCGCCAGCACCCCUCUCUCUCCCCCAGCAGCGCCAGUAGAGCAGCUCACCUCCAGGCAGUGACGGGGGAGUGGCUUGCCCUCACUCUGGGCCUGUCUCCCACCGACACUCCCGCACCCACACCCCCACCUUUACCUGCCAGCUUCCAGCAUGAAGACGAAAGGCUUGACCUGCUGAUAUUUGGUCACUCGCCAGCUUUCACCCCCCGGAACCUCACCCCAGGUCUCAAAGAGGGUCACUUCAUUCCCAUCAGCUCCCCCAAAUCCUACAUGUCCCCGGAGCCCACCCCGUCCCCCCAGCCUUACCUCACCUCCGCCUCCUUCACCCCCUCUCCCAUCUCACCCACCUUCAGCACCAGCCCCAGACCUGACAGUGUGAUCGAGGUGUUUGCAGGCAGGAAGCCAAUAGGGUCCCUCGAAAAAGAGCAACCGCUGCCAGAUAUCAAAGAUAACUUCAGCACCAUCAAAUCAGACUCACCCAAAUCCUUCAGCCCAAUUGAUCUGAUCGUUUAUGAGCCCAACGAAGAAAACGCCUUGUCCAGUAAGUACACCCUGUCCUCUCGAGAAGCUGAGGACGACGUUUGUGAAGAGCUGGUGUUCAUUAUCCAAGCCAGCCAAUCAAAGAGCCCUGUUGUUGAGGAGACAGAUUUUUAUAGGCCAGUUCCGAAUACUGUGACAGAGGAGCUGCCCAAACUGUUCAUAGAGGAGGACCCAAGUGAGCAAGAGCUGCCUAACACCUUUACCCCAGUCUGCCCAGUCCGUAAUGAGAUGUCCCAACUUGAGGCUGAAGUUUCUCAGAGCUCCUCUCUGCGUCCCUCGCCCCCUCUCUCUCAGAUGCCUCUGACCUCCACAACACCCCCCUCCUCGCCCAAAUUCCCACCUUCCUCCCCCCGAUCUACCCCUCCACUCCCCAUGGCGUCUCAGUCCCCUCCACCUUCCUCCAAACAGCUCCGAUCCCAAAAGGCUAAGCCUGUGUUAAGGCGUGAUGUUGUGGUAAUUGGUAAGCCCCCUCGUAGCCCUGUGAUGUCUAGGAGGUCCUGCGGAUCACCUGUUAGAGGGCCAAACUAUUCGCCGUCUCAUAGGUCUCAGCGGACAGUAUAUACACAAGAUCCACUGCAAACUGGUGAACCGUUUCAGGCCGUGUAUAACUACAUGCCACGCAAUGAGGAUGAGCUGGAACUGAGGGAAGGAGAUGUUGUUGAUGUGAUGGAGAAAUGUGAUGACGGCUGGUUUGUGGGAACGUCCAGGCGGAGCAAGUUUUUUGGAACCUUCCCCGGAAACUAUGUGAAGCGGAUUUAAGAUGGAGUGACGCUUCUUGAAUCUUCUAGAUGCCGAAAAUGGAUGGAAGAUGUCAUUAGCCCUUUCUCAGACUCCAGCCAGCACAAUACGGCAUGGAAUAUGGAAACCAGGCUCAUUGGAGGCUCAUAGAGGGGAUUGAUACACCAAGCACACUGGAUUAUUGAAGAACUUAGAUCACUCGAUUCUGAAGCAAUUCUAUAAAUACGGAAUAGCAGCAAAGACUUCAACAGAUGGCUUUUUUUUGGUUGCCUACAUUUUUAAUCUUUCUGUCUGCCUUUUAGUAGGAGCUGAUGUGUUUCAGAUGAAAGAAGAAGAAAUGAAAUUUGAAGAAGUAACCAAGUGCCCUAUUUAUCUUUUUAUUUAUUGAGAGGCAUAUAUAAAUAUAUAUUUUCUUGUUCAGGUACAUGGGAAGGGUGAGACGGUGAGGUACAGUAGAUUAGGAAUGUUCUGUUGCUUUCAGAAAAAGGACACGCCCCUGCUAACCUGGACCUGAUAUCUGAUCUGAUCUAGAUCUACAUUUAACAGUAUUGCAGUGUCAUGCCGAGUAGGACGGUUUAAGGUGACCACUCCUACUCUGCAGCGUGCACUUCCUCAUACCAUCAGAUUCAGAGUAAACGUCUUGAUUUUCUAUUGUUCUGUUUUUCUGUCCCUCCAGACAUUCCUAUACGUAUCUGAAGGAUUUUUACAAGAGUUUAUGGUAUUUUUAGGUCAUAAGAAGUAAUAUUAAGUAAUAUUUUAUACAAUGCAAUAGUCCUUAACAUGCCUUUUGGGCAGUGGCUGGGUGUAAUGGAUAAAAAUGGUUAUAAAAAUAAUUGAAACAGAGUAAUAUCUACUGCCUAAUGCUAAUUUUUCAGAAUAUUAGUUAAUGCCGAAUGAUCUUGCACACUGUACUCUUUAUUUUGAGUCAACACAAGCAGUAUAAGCCAACAUUGCGUGUCUUGCAAGUGACAUGGCCCCUUGAUUUAUGAUGUAUGAGUUUAAUUUGAGUGAUCAAGUGUACUUUUUUAAAAAAAAAAAAAAAAAAAAAGACAACAACUUUGUUUUGAUUGAUUGGUCAGAAUUUUUAUUUUCAUUCAAGAUUAUAUAUACGUAAUAUAUUCUGCUCAUUUUUUUCUCUUGUGUAUUUUUGUGUCUUGGGUAUCAAACCCUGCCCAAACUUUUGAUUUUUAUGUUUUAUUUGUACAAUCAUGUAAAAUAUGCAGAAUCCAGAUCAGUGUAGCGAAGGUCGUCUGCAAUAAUGUGAUGAGUGUUACUAGUAUUCGAGGCAUUAUUAUGCUUCAUGCUUUUUACAGACUCCUCUGUACUGUCAUACUGUUCCAUCCACCAAACUUUAUCAAUACAUUUUGCUCAUUACACUGUUAGAAAAGUGCUACAAAUGGUUCUAUAAAUGAUGCAAUAAAAAAAACAAUGGUCAUGCUGAUUUGUUUUUUAUAAUUUGUAUAAAUUUGACUAAAUUAAGCAUUUACCAUCACUCAUCAUGCUUAGUAUCAGUUUACUUGCUACUUUAAUAAACUUUAAAAAAAAAAAAAAAAAAACAUUUAAAAACGGUCUUUUUUCGAGCUCAAAGAUGCGAGCUGUACAGGACUAGAAUAGUAAGAAUUCACAUUUGUUUGUCAUCCAGAAGUCUGUCUCUCUGUCUGUCUGUCAUUCUUUGUGUAAAUCUCUCUCAAAUGUGGCUUGAGUAGCACUGCUGAGGUAAAUUUAUGUUAGGAGUAGCACUGCUACUCACUACAUUUACCUCAGCAUAGUCACACAUUUAAUGCUUUAUUGAUUUGUCUGCUGGGAUAUUUAAAGGGCUCAGUAAAAAUACAUUUACGGUAUGUGUUCACUAGCACUUUUCUUAGCACAUUCUGCCGUGCCAGAUCUUUUGGCUCACCGUAUUGGUGUGUCAUACAAUUUUUUUUUUUUUUCAUUUAAAUGAAGCUACAGAAGUAGGUGAUCAUAAGUUUAAGAAUUUAUUUUUUUAUCAACUUCACUGUAAUCUACAGUUCUAUAAAUACAUAUUUGGCUGUUUUUAGCUUAUCUUCAGUGUUUGAAAGGCUUGUAUGUGUUUGAAGUCACAGCCUGCUCUUCCCUGAUUGGCUGGAUGCAGCGUAGAGGCCAAAUUCAUUUGAAUAAAGUUGAGCUCUGCUGAACUUUUUUGCCUGACGACAAGGCUGCGUUCAAUGCAACCCAGCAUGCACUGUGGCUCUCUCAAUUAAGAUGAAUAGGAUGCGUCAAGGCUUAGAUGCUAGUGAACACGUACCAUUAGGCUAAUUAAUUCAUUCAUUGUCAAAAAAAUGGCAAAAUGAAUACAAGCCUGUGUUCUGCCAAAUGUUCUGCCAAAUAUUUAAUUGCAUUCAUUGCAUUCAUCUCUUUUUUUAUGGAGCUAAAAAGUGUUUCUUCUAUUGCAUCAUAUAAACAACCAUUUGUAGCACUUUAUAUUUAGUAAUCAGUGCAAAAUGACCCUCAUUCACCAUCAAAAUAUGUGUCCAGUGACCACUGCCAUAGUAAUAUACUGUAGCAAUGCUGUACUGUGGAGAUGACAAUGAUGUUAGUACUGAGCAACACGCCAAUGAUUGUCAUGGUGUCCUCAUUUGCUACUGUAAUCACCCUAAAUAUUUAUGUUUGUGAUCUUGGUUCAUUUGAGAGCUAUCUGUUAAACUAGGCCCCUAGUCUUCCAUCUUUAAGGACCAGGUCAGGCAAGAGGUUGAGGUAACGCGGUUAUUGGGCGCAUAACCUGGUUCAGAAUAAUACCAAAUAUCCUUAUAUGGAUUAUUCAAUUCAGUGUACACUGUAAUCGAAUGCUUCACUGAAGCUGCAAAUCAAGAGUGAAAUGUGUGUGAUGAUGGACUGAAUGUAUGGGGGAGUUUAUCUCAUGUGGUUUAGCUGGCUGGCUGCCUACAUGCACUGUAACCUUAGUUCUUGUGCCAGUGUAGAAACCGAUAGACCUAACUGAUCAGUGGAGUAGUUUUACAUACAGGUGUAAUUUUACAUUUUACAAUUGAGCCCUUCCAAUGAAUGCCCAUUAAUGAAUCAGUUCUCUAUUUACUUAAUUUGAUGACUUCUUUACAAUAUAAAAUUAAAAUGUUCUUUAUUUAGAUUUAUAUUUUUUAAUUCAUGAAAGUACUUACUUCUCCCAAAAAUGAGAGAUGGUUGAUAUGUGGUUAUUCCUUAAAAGGGUUCAAUUGGCUUAAGCUAGUUGGUUUGAAAUCAUUGCUUAUAGACAUACAGUACUGAUGUACAUUGGAUCGUAGUAUUACGGUACUUACUUUUUGACGCAGCAGCUACUAAGCUAUUAAGUUCUUCUCUCUACCAUACAAUAAUGUUACAAAGUCUUCCCCCUUUAGAGUACAUGGACUUUUACCAAGAAAACGUCUCCAAGGAGCAGUAAAAGCAAAUCUAUUAAACAUGAAGGCCAAUGUUUAUUUUUGUAUUUCUUUCAUUUUUUUCUCUCUCUGUGGAACUGUACAUUAAUAAAUAGAGUCUGACCUAA